GUUGAUUUGACAUUUUGCGCCAAAAGUCCGAUGUUGGUCCGCCAAUCCAAGAAAAAUAGCAAAAUUGAAAAUUUUGCCAAAUUUAAGUAACUAAAAGCGUGAAAAAGAGUUUGUUUUUAACUUUUGGAUUAAAAAAAAAUUACACAAUGUCCAAGCGUAAUAGCGUGGGGACGUCUAAUACUUUAUUUAAAUACUUCACAAAGACUCCACCAGCUAACAAAAAGGCAAAACCGGCAGAAGAUUCCAAUGACCCGGUAAAAUUGGACACCACUGUAAAUGGUGCGAAGGAAAGCAAACCUGAUAGUAAAAAGCGCGAAAGGCAGCCUACAUCUUCACCUAAAGAUAAACCCGACAGUGAUGAUGAGAUCCCAAUUGCUUCUAAAAGACGAAAGAGAAUUCGUAUCAAUCCAGUUGAUUCUGAUGACUCUGAUGUGGAAAAUAGAGAAAUCGAGGAAACCCCCAAGAAGAAGGAAUCUGUAGAAAGUAAACUGCAAAGCAGCUUCAAGUUUGAACCCAAACAAUCUCCAAAAGCCAGCAAACCAGUGAAGCCUGCUACAAAGAAUGGAACUUCUACCCCACAGUCCAAGACAGAAUCUCAGUCAGAGAUAACGGCAAUUGUAGAUGAUGGCAAUUGGAUUCACUGUAAGUUGGAGUGGUUGAAACCAGAUAAGAUCCGAGAUGCCAAGAAAAGGAGGCCGGAAGAUCCGGACUAUGAUCCAACCACAUUAUUUGUUCCACCUGAUUUUUAUAAGAAUCAAACUCCUGCACAUAGGCAGUGGUGGGAAAUUAAAUCUUCACAUUUCGAUUGUGUUUUGUUUUUCAAAGUUGGAAAAUUCUAUGAGUUAUACCAUAUGGAUGCAGCUGUCGGAGUUAAUGAAUUAGGAUUUUCUUACAUGAAGGGAGAAUUUGCCCAUUCAGGAUUCCCUGAGAGUGCAUAUGCGCGAAUGGCAUCGACUUUAGUAUCAAAGGGAUACAAAGUGGCGCGCGUCGAGCAAACUGAGACGCCCGACAUGAUGCAGGAGAGAUGCAAGAAAACGGGCCAGAACAGCAAAUGGGACAAAGUGGUGCGGCGCGAGGUGUGCAGCGUGGUGGUGCGCGGGGCGCUCGCGUGCGGGCUGCAGGAGCCGGGGCCGCCGGACGCGGGCGCCGCGUACAUGCUGGCUGUGGCUGAGGAGGAGCACAACAGCUGCAGUACAUACGGCGUGUGUUUCGUGGACACCUCCAUCGGCCACUUCCACCUCGGCCAGUUCCAGGACGACAAGCAUUCUUCCCGGCUGCUGACCACCUUGGCUCACUACCCGCCCGCUUUGCUAAUAUUCGACCGUAAGACAACUACAGGCCGUACGUCCAAACUCCUCGCGUCGCAUUGCUAUAGCGCGCGGCGGGAGCCCUGCAACAUGUGGAGUCCUGAGAACACCCUCAAGGUCCUGGCCGAGAAGUAUUACAGGACCAAUGCUGAUGGGGAUUGGCCUGAGGGGAUCAAACCUUUUUUGAAUGAAGGUGACGCUUUAGGCCUCACCCCAGCGCCAGACUGCUACCUAGCAGUGAAAGCGCUAGGCGGCUGCGUCGCCUACCUAACCGACUGCCUACUAGACAUACAAGUACUAGGCAUGUCGCAAUUCAUCUCAUACCUGCCCCCCGACAUGCUGAACAAGACCUUAUCGCAAGGGGAUAAGGUCGAGAGUCGCUGGGAAGGCGGCAACACUAUGGUGCUGGAUGCCAUAACGCUAAGGAAUCUGAGGAUAGUGCAGGACGAGGGCUGCUUGUAUGACAGGUUGAAUUUCUGCUCCACGCCUAUGGGGAAAAGAUUGCUAUACCAAUGGGUUUGCGCUCCGAGCUGCAACAUAACCGUCAUAAAAGAGAGGCAGCAAGCCGUAAAGUUUUUACUAGAGGACCAGGAACUGAGCCAGGAAGCCAAGACCAUUCUCACCUCCAUGCCUGACUUGGAGAGAUUACUGGCGAAAAUACAUGCAAUGGGAAACUUAAAACGCUCGAAAUCCCACCCGGACUCUCGCGCGAUAUUCUAUGAAGAGAAGACCUAUUCCAAGCGGAAAGUUGUAGACUUCGUGUCGGUCCUGAACGGGUUCACGGCCGCCUUGAGGCUGGCGCCGCUGCUGGCGCGCGCUGGCGGCUUGCUGCUGAGGGUCAGCCAGUUCACUCCGGUGGGAGAGUUUCCAGAUUAUAGGGAGACGUUGAAGUUUUUCAAGGAGGCGUUCGACCAGACUCAAGCAGAGAAAGAAGGUCGUAUUCUGCCCGGAGAGGGCGUGGACGUUGAGUACGACAGCGCCCUGGCCUCGAUCAGAGACAUCGAGAAGGAACUACAGGAUUACUUGAAGGAGCAGGAAAAAUACUUCAAGACGAGGUUGACAUACGUGGGCACAGACAAGAAGCGCUUCCAGUUAGAAGUGCCGCAGUCGGCAGCAGGGAAGGCGGACUCAAACUACCACCUGGAAGGCGCACGGAAGGGGUUCAAACGGUACUCCACGGCUGAGACUAAGGAGUUCCUAGCCCGCAUGAUGGCCGCAGAAGAGCAGAAGACGAGCGCGCUAAAAGACUUGAGCCGCAGAAUAUUGGAGAAGUUCUCCGCGAGCUACGAGCAGUGGGCGGCGGCGCUGCGCUGCGUCGCUGCUCUGGACGUGUUGCUCGCCCUCAGUGAAUUUGCCAGACAACAGAGCGGGGAUAUCUGCUUGCCGGAUGUUACUUUUGAUAAGGAUGCAGAGCCGUACAUAAACAUAGUGGAAGGUCGGCACCCCUGCAUGACGCUGGCGGAGUUCAUCCCCAACUCCACGGCGCUGGGCCCCGGGCCGCGGCUGCUGCUGCUCACGGGGCCCAACAUGGGGGGCAAGUCCACCCUCAUGAGACAACUGGGGCUCAUUUCCGUGUUGGCCCAUUUGGGCAGCUACGUGCCAGCACAAGCGUGCGGCCUGAGCGCAGUGGACCGCGUGUUCACGCGACUGGGCGCCGCCGACGACAUCCUCAGUGCGCACUCCACCUUCCUGCUGGAGAUGCUGGAGACCGCCGCGGUGCUGCGCCACGCCCGCCGCCACUCGCUGCUGCUGCUGGACGAGCUAGGCCGCGGCACAUCGACAUACGAUGGCACGGCCAUAGCGUCCAGCGUGUGCGCGGAGCUGGCACAGCGCGGCUGCCGCGUUGUCUUCUCUACGCAUUACCACUCAUUGGUGCACCAUCUGUCCUCGCAUCCCGGAGUUGUACUGGGGCAUAUGGCAUGCAUGGUGGAGACGGACGAAUCGACACCCGACAGUGAAGACCACAUCCCAGAGGAAACAAUAACAUUCCUAUACAAACUUAGUCCGGGAGCUUGUCCCAAGUCGUACGGCUUCAACGCAGCGAGACUGGCUGGUAUUCCCAAAGAGAUCACCCGACGAGCGCAUGAAAUAUCCAAGAAAAUCGAAAAGGAAACCGACUGUGCCCGCGUCUUUAGAGAUAUUAUGAAAAUGGAAACCAGCGCUAAGGAUGUAAGGGAGUUACUGGCUGGUUUGAAUAUUUAAGUUCUUUUUUACUGGUUUUAUAAAGUCCUAGAUCAGGAAGGACAUUUUUGAUUAUCUCGAAUUGAAAAAUUUUAAUCAAUAUUUUUAUUGCCAUUUUUUAUUUUAGUCUUUGAGAAAGCGAGUUAAGAAUUUUGUGACACACUUAUUUCUCGAAUCUCGUAAUGAUUGUUAAUAUGCUACUUUACAAAUUGUUAUAUAAAUUGUCAUAAGCCAGUUGUAUCAUUGUUCUGUUUAGCUUGAAGUUAUUAUUGUUACCACUGUUCGAAUAAACAUUUACAUUCUGUGAUUAUACAUAUAAAAAGUCAAUCUACCUUUAAGUACCUAUCCACGAGUAUUUUAAGGCAUUAAUAGAAUAAAAUCUUAUAUGAUUA